GUUAGAACCAGUCAGCUGCUUGUGUUGCACUGCUGAUUCAGAGGGAGACUGAGCCAUACAGCUGAGCUACUUGAUCCUUCUGCAAACCAGGAAGUCGGCCCAGGUGUGGGACCAGUGGGAAACAAGAAGCACUGCUUCUUCUUUUUUUUUUUUAGACGACCUCAAUAAAACUGCCAGCAUGUUGGAUCAUGGAGGAAGUGCGUUGAUGGCAGGUCAGGUUCUGUCAGCCUCCUUCAAAUUCAGCCCCAACACUGAAGGUUGCAUGAUAUUUGAUGCUAAACCACAAGCAUCCCUGCAGCAUCUGCACAGGACGACCACUGUAAAGGAGCUGCUAAUGAUGAGACGGCAGCAAUGGAACUCGGAGCAGAAAUGGAACUCGGAGCAGAAAUGGAACUCAGAGCCUAAAUUAAAGUCUCCCAAAUACGAACCCAUCGGCGCAGACAUGAGUCCUCAAAUGGCGACCUCUCCGACAUCUCUCCACCUGAACCCUGCCGCCUGCUUCGUCCCAGCCCUCCCGGAGAAUGCCGUCAUGGGGCUGCAGGAAACGCCGCAGCCUGUGCAGCCUCCCGCUCAGGAGCACGACGUCCCGGCCUCUGGAGGGAAGAUGACUCUGUUUCACUGGCAGAUACAACAAGAAGCCAAGAAGGCUGAAGGUCUGUCUCCAGAGCAGCUCUGCAUGCAGGACUCGGAUGGUGACACAUUUCUUCACAUAGCGGUGGCUCAAGGCAGGCGAGCCCUCUCUUACGUCCUCGCUGCGAAAAUGGCUCGGUUCGGCUCCCUGGACGUGAAAGAACACAACGGGCAGGUACGGCCGCCGUCACGACCUCGUCUGUUCAGGUUCAUGUCAAACGAAGCAGGACUGAUGUUGUGUUUUCAGACGGCUCUCCAGAUCGCGGUGGCCACCAAUCAGCACCUGAUCAUUUCUGACCUUCUAAGUCACGGAGCGCAGAUCAACGUCAGGGACCUGUGGGGGCGCUCUCCUCUGCAUGUGUGUGCAGAGAAAGGCCACUACCUCAGCCUCCAGAGCAUCUGCAAAACCCUGGCAGGGCGCGGCCCAUCGGUCGAUGUUGAAAUGUUCAACUAUGACGGUUUGACUCCGCUUCACGCUGCGGUUCUGGCUCACAACGCCGUCGUCAAGGAAGUGAGGCACCUGGAAAACCCUUGUCCAUUCAUGAUCUCAGAACUGGCCCUGAGGAGGCGGAGGUAUGUGGAGUGUGUCAGGGCUUUGAUGCACAUGGGCGCCUCCUACGGGACAAAAGAUCUGAAAAGUGGAAGGACUUGCCUUCACAUGGCUGCCGAGGAGGCGAAUAUUGAGCUGCUCCACCUUUUUCUUGAACAGCCAAUGUCUCUCGCUGCUGUAAACGUGAAGACGUUCAGCGGAAACUCGGCCCUGCACAUCGUCAGCUCGCUGCAAAAUUACAGAAACCAGGUGGAGGCCGUGAAGCUGCUGAUGAGGAAGGGCGCCGAUCCCGGGAUGAGGAAUUUCGAGAACGAGCUGCCAUGUCAGCUGGUGCCUGAAGGAUCCGUCGGUGAAAAGGUGCGGCAGAUCCUCAAAGGGAAGUACGGUCAAGUUUAAGUAAAACUCCAGAACACUGUCAGUCAGACAGUCAGCUUUAUGUAUUGGAAAUUUGCCCAGAAAAGGCAGAUGAUUGUUGUUUCAGUGAAACACUCCCAUGCGUUCGUUACUAUGUAAUGUGUAUAUAUUUUUUUGGAGGGGUCUGUCCUAUGAAGUGGGUGAGCUAAAGUUCAUCAAUGGGUGUCUGAAUGUUGGCUCCAUUUAUGGCGGUGAAACUUCUGCUGGAAAUCAAAAGCAUAUUCAGCUCUUAGCUACAGAUUCAUUUUAUUAGGAAAAAUAAGGGAAUAAAGUCAUAUUAGAAGAAUUAAGCAAUUUUGAGAACUCUUCCAUGAAAAAUCAAGAAACAUUCCUGUUGAGCUAUUGAAGUUAUCCUUUUGAAUUGGUUUUACAAAUAAGGAAACAUCAAAUGGUUGGUAGAAUCAAUUGUUUCCCUUUCAGAGAAAGAACUAAAGGCUUUCUCUGAAACUGAUAAUUAAGCUUUUUUCCUAUAUAUAUAUAUAUCCCUAACUAUAUGACUUAAUUUAGAAUAGAAAAAUAAAUCUUAAGUUUGGCCCUAGGAUUAGUGUAGGAUUUUGGUGGUUGGGAGUUUAAUGUGAUUUUUGUGAUAUUGGUGGAGGAUUCAUUUCAUUAUAAACUUUAGAAUAUUACCUGUACUUAACAUUUAUGGUUUUUGGUCAAAUAUGAAUCAAGUCACUGGAUGUGGGAAAUAUGGUGGGUUUUAUUUUGCAGUUAAUAAGUAUUGAUUUUGUAUGGCUGUGAGGUGAUGUAAAAUGCAAAUAAAUUCUUUGUAAACUGUUAAA